ACCCAUUCCCUCUCACACUGGGCCAGUUGCCUCUCUCUCUCUCUCUCUGUCAAAAUGGCUCGCUCCGCCGCCUCGCUCCUCUUCCCCACCGCCGUCCUCCUCCUCCUCCUCCGCGCCCCGUCGCCGUCCCAGGCGCUCACCCUGACCCUGGUCAACAACUGCCCCUUCACGGUGUGGCCCGCCAUCCAGCCCAACGCCGGCCACCCCGUCCUCGAGCGCGGCGGCUUCCCCCUCCUCACCCUCACCCACCGCUCCUUCCCCGCACCCGACGCCCCCUGGUCCGGCCGCGUCUGGGCCCGCACCGCCUGCUCCCACGGCCACGGCGGCCACUUCUCCUGCGCCACCGGCGACUGCGGCGGCCGCCUCGAGUGCGAGGGCCUCGGCGGCGCCACCCCCGCCACCCUCGCCCAGUUCUCCCUCCACCACGGCCACGCCGACUUCUCCUCCUACGCCGUCAGCCUCGUGGACGGCUUCAACGUCCCCAUGACGGUGACCCCGCACGAGGGGAAGGGCGUGUGCCCCGUCGUGGGCUGCCGCGCGAACCUGCUCGCCACGUGCCCGCCGCACCUGCAGAUGCGUUCCCCUGCGGGGCACGGCCCCGUGGUGGCGUGCAAGAGCGGGUGCGAGGCCUUCCGCACCGACGAGCUGUGCUGCAGGAACCACUUCAACAGCAAGGACACGUGCCGGCCGUCGAGCUACUCGGAGUUCUUCAAGCACGCGUGCCCCGCCACGUUCACAUACGCCCACGACAGCCCCUCGCUGAUGCACGAGUGCUCCUCCCCGCGCGAGCUCAAGGUCAUCUUCUGCCACUGACCGCGCCGCGCGCUAGAGCCCCACCACCACGUCCAGUCCAGCGAAGUGGAGUGUAGCUUUAGUUCCUAGGUUUCUCGAAAUAAACAGACAUUGUACUUGCCAGGAAAGACAGGCUCGAAAUGUGUUGGCUUCGUUGUGAGUGUGUCGAGCUUGAAGAUGAUGUGUGAAGAUUUCGAUGUGCAUUCCCUAUGUAACCUUUCUUCAUGUUUGAAAUGGGCAUGAACUCGUUUUCUGUAAUGAAAAAGGUGCAUCUUUCAGAAUUA